UGAGAUUAGAUAGUAUAUUUAGUUAUAGGAUCAAGGUCCAUUCAAGCUUUACAAUACGAUUUGGUGUAUCUGUGUAUGUGUAUCGAUUGCUUAGAGGUGAAAAUUCUAAUCAACAACAACUUGAAUAAGUAUACAACCUAAUUGCAGUAAACUGUUCGUAUACAAUUGUGUCAUUCCCUCAGAGGAAAAAACUAGUUUCUCUAAACCUCAAGUUGUGUUUGUAUUGCUUCUCUCAGUGUACAAUUCUUAGUAUACAAAGUUACUCGCCGCUUUUCUAUAAGCAUAAUUUCCAAUAUAUUCUUUCUUACUCGUACGAGAUGUCAGAAAUGACGUUCCCAAUGCUGAUAAAAAUAGAAGGGAUAUAAUAGCCCAAUGUGGAUAUAUAAAUAGCUAUUCGCUAAAAUGGAAUCUGAAUUGAUAGCUAACAUACAUUAUAUUGCUCUAAAAUACGUCCAUUUCAAUCUUCGCGCUCGACGGUGAAGAAUGAGUGGACAUAAAGAGAAGGGGAACGAGUUCUUCAAAAGCAAGGAUUUCGUAAAAGCUAUCGAAGAGUGGCUCCUUGUCAGUCCCCCUACUGAGCAAGUGUACAAUAACAUCGCGACGGCGAAAUUUAAGCUUGAAGAAUUCGGUUUAGCUGCAGAAUACAGUACAAAGGCCUUGGAUUUGAAUGGAAAGUUCGUAAAAGCGCUCUAUCGUAGAGCAAUGGCACAUGUAGCUGUAUUACAUUUUAAGCUUGCUAUCGCUGAUCUUAAAGCGAUUCUCGCUAUCGAACCAACAAAUAGAGUAGCCAGUCAUCAUUUGAGUGAGGUCAGCAAGAUUAAUCGUAAAAUACAGUUUGAACAGGCCAUCGCGACAGAAGACGAGAAGCAGGCAGCCGAUACUGUCAAAGAGACUAUAGAGAAUGGAGGUUGUGAAAUAGCCGCUGAUUACGAUGGUCCUACCUUAGAUUCACCUAACCUCAUCGACUCAGUCAUAGACCAUUUCAAGAAGGGCAAAACACUGCAUAAACGAGUACUCUGGGACUUAAUUUUGAAAACUAUUGAUGUAUUUAGCCAAGAGGAGUCUCUGGUAGACAUUCCUAUACCUGAAGGUGUCCAUAUCAACGUAAUUGGUGACACACAUGGCCAGUUCUAUGAUUUGAUCAACCUUCUCAACCUCGUCGGCAAACCAUCGGAUACUAACUACUUGCUGUUUAACGGUGACUUUGUUGACAGAGGUAGUUGGUCAACUGAAGUCAUCAUCCUCCUUCUUGUUCUCAAGUACCUGCAUCCAAAGGCUGUAUUCCUUAACCGUGGUAACCACGAAUCCAAGCAGAUGAACCAAGUUUACGGUUUCGAGGGUGAAUGCAAACAUAAAUAUCCUACAGACCUCACUUAUAAAUUAUUUGCUCAGCUUUUCACUUGCUUACCGAUUGCCCACCUUAUUUCGUCAACAAAGAAGCCAGACUCAUCAACUACCAAGUCAGACAUUCUCACCAAAGACGGCUUCAAGAGGUACUUUGUCGUCCACGGAGGAUUGUUUUCAAAAGACGACGUCAAAUUAGAAGAUAUCCGCAACAUAAAGCGUAUUAAUAGAGAACCAGGCCAAGAAGGAUUGAUGUGUGAGGCACUUUGGACUGAUCCACAAGAAGAAGACGGACGCGGACCAUCUAAGAGAGGUGUCGGCGUUGGCUUUGGUCCAGAUGUUACAAAACGCUGGUGUGAACUCAAUGAAGUUUGCGCUGUUAUCCGCUCUCACGAAGUUAGACAGGAUGGAUACUCAUGGGAACACGAUGGUCGCCUUGCUACAGUAUUCAGCGCGCCAAACUAUUGCGACACAAGCGCUAACAAGGGUGCCUGGAUGAAGAUUUCCGCGUCUGGAGACAUCAAGACAACACAGUUCGCCGCGGUGGAACACCCAGCUAUCAAACCAAUGGCAUACUCGAGUGGUAUGGCAAGUAUGAUGGGAUAAACAGCCGAAAAAUAAAAAAUAAGUUUCUUGUAACAAAUAAUUCGCAUCCAGUGAUUGUC